AAAAUAUCCGAAAAUAAUUUAACUUUCCCUCACUCUCGGAAUCGUAACAGAACUCGACUUCCCUUCCCUGUCUUCCCCACGACAAAACUCCUCCUACGCCGCGCCGCCACGACACCACAAUUCUCCUCCUCCGACUCUACUUUCAUCCUUACUCACUACACUAGAAAGAUUAAAUAACAUAAACCAAAGUUUCUUUCUUUUUAAGCUUACUGUCAGCAACAUAAGAAUUAGGGAAAAUUCAGCAACAGACCCAUGAAUGCACCAAUUAUUGAUCCACUGCAAGGGGAUUUUCCAGAGGUAAUAGAGGAGUAUUUGCAUCAUGGGGUUACGAAGUGCAUUGCUUUCAAUCGCCGCGGCACGCUUCUUGCUGCUGGAUGUGCUGAUGGAAGUUGUGUUAUUUGGGACUUUGAGACCAGGGGAGUUGCAAAAGAGCUCCGGGAUAAAGAUUGUAUUGCUGCCAUAACAAGUAUCUGCUGGUCGAAGUAUGGUCAUCGUAUUCUUGUGUCAUCUGCUGACAAAUCACUAAUACUUUGGGAUGUUGUCAGUGGAGAGAAGAUUACACGUAUUACUCUUCAUCACACCCCACUACUAGCCCGGCUACAUCCUGGUUCCUCUCUUCCAUCUCUCUGCCUGACAUGCCCUCUUUCAUCUGCUCCCAUGAUUGUAGAUUUUAACACGGGAAACACUACUGUGCUACCAGUUACAGUACCUGAAGCGGACAGUGGACCUGCCCCUCCAUCACGUAAUAAACCCUCUGAUGGUCCCCCUUACACCCCAACUGCUGCAUGCUUUAACAAGUUUGGGGAUCUGGUUUAUGUGGGAAACUCUAAAGGAGAAAUACUUAUAAUAGAUCACAAAAGCAUUCAAGUGCAUGCCAUGGUUCCCACUCCUGGUGGUGCAGUUAUCAAGAACAUAGUGUUCAGCAGAGAUGGUCAGUAUCUUCUCACAAAUUCAAAUGACCGGACAAUCAGGAUAUAUGAAAAUCUUCUUCCACUGAAAGAUGGUCUCACUGUGCUGGGGCACCUGAACAAGACUGUUGAUGAGGUAGCUGGUGUUGAGAAAAUGAAGGCUGUUGGAUCAAAGUGCUUAGCACUUUUCCGGGAGUUCCAGGAUACUAUCACCAAAGUGCACUGGAAAGCACCUUGUUUCAGUGGUGAUGGGGAAUGGGUGAUCGGUGGUUCUGCAAGCAAGGGAGAGCACAAGAUCUACAUAUGGGAUAGGGUUGGACAUCUUGUAAAAAUCCUUGAAGGUCCAAAAGAGGCAUUGAUUGAUUUAGCAUGGCAUCCUGUUCACCCCAUUAUCGUCUCUGUUUCCUUGACUGGCAUGGUUUAUGUUUGGGCUAAGGACCAUACUGAGAACUGGAGUGCAUUUGCCCCGGACUUCAAAGAGCUAGAGGAGAAUGAGGAGUAUGUGGAACGCGAAGAUGAAUUUGAUUUGAUACCUGAAACUGAAAAGGUAAAAGAAUCAGAUAUUAAUGAAGAUGAUGAAGUUGAUAUUGUAACAGUGGAGAAAGAUGCUUUCAGUGAUUCAGAUAUGUCUCAAGAAGAAAUAUGUUUCUUGCCAGCUACCCCAUGUCCUGACGUUCCUGAGCAACAAGACAAGUGUGUGGGAAGUUCUUCAAAGUUGAUGGAUUCUAAUAACUCUGGAUCCCCGCUUUCUGAAGAAGCUGGACAGAAUGGACAAGCAAUGAAUCAUGCAUCAAGUCCUCUUGAAGAGGACACAGGAGGGACACGCAUGAAGAGAAAACGAAAACCUUCAGAAAAGGGGUUGGAAUUGCAGGCAGAGAAGGGCAGGAAACCCUUGAAAUCUUAUGGUAGAGUGUCAAAAGUAAGGAGUAAACCUGUUGCUGAUCUGGAUAUCACUAACGGAAUAUAUGGGGAUGAUAUUUCUGACUGAGUAUAGCUAGGUUAUAGUUGACAUACAUUUAGUAUUUGUACCUGCAAAGCUUCCUUAUUCAGCAGGAAAACUUCGUCGGCAUCAUUUAUUAGUUAAACAAGUUUUGCAAAAUCAAAUACAGUAUUUUUAGUGGUGCUCGAAUUGUAUCCCCAGUCCCCACCAAGUUCACUAGAAGCGCAACAACGGUCUUGACAUUCUUUGACAUUAAAAGCUUAUGACUGAGAACCCAUGCAACAGGAUUAUUUUAUUGCCAAUGUACAGUCUUUUGCAGCAUCA